UCUCUCUCCCUCUCUCCCUCGCCAUGGACGGGAGGAGCUCGCUCCAGGAAAUCACGACUCUCUUCGCGUCGCUCGCGUCGCGCCUCGAGACCCUCGACGACGCGGAGGGAUCGCCGGACGCCGCGAUCUCGAAGCUGAACCGGUCGCUGAACCUCCCCGGCGGCGGCGGCGGCGGCGACGGCGACGAGGAUGCCGCGGUUCGGUUCCUGGACACCGCCUUGUCCCUCAUGUGCUUCAAGGCUCCUCAGGUGUUCGAUUCAGUGGUCGAUUACGCGGUGAAGACGAUUGCUGCGGUUCUGCACUCGUCGAUUAGGUGCGAGGCGGUUGGCUUUCGAAAGGAAGAGGCUUUGCGGGUCGGGAGCUCGAUUUCGCGGCGCGAUUGUGUCGAAGUGGUUGCCGCGUGCGGCGACGUCCUCCCGAAACUGCCGAGAGAUGGAACACUUUCUCAUUUACUACUGCAUGCUGUCCUGCACGUGGCGGUCUCGGCAUCUCACACUCAGUUUUUGUUCCCUUCGACUCGCAUUAUUGACGGGAAAUCAGUUGGCGGGAGAAUAAUUACGGCUUCAAAGCUCCUUGACUAUCUACCCCGAGGAUUUUGUCUUCAAAACGAUGAUACACCAUUAAGGCUGUUAUUCUGGUACCUUGAUCCAGUGAUUCUGAGCAAUGACAUUUCCAAGAUUCUGCAAGAAAUGAUGGAAAGACCUUUCCUUUGUUUGCAUAAGGAAUUGCAUGAGAGGAUGUCCUUGCGGAAUAUUGUUGUUUGCUUGGUACUUUCUCCUGUAAUGUUUUUCGAGGCAAAAGCUCUGUUACAUAGAUGGUUUCUGGAGACGGGUUUGGCCUUUGUUCUGGAGUUUUCAACCGUAUUAGUCGCGGUGAUCCUGGAUGUAAUUUCUAGGCCAAUGUGGUGGGGGAUAUCGAUGGAAAUGGGAAUGAAGCUGCCCUUUUCUGAUGCAUAUUUUCCCUUUAAUCACCAAUUACUGAGGUCUUUCAGUGGACCUAUGUCAUGUGCGACACUUUUAAAUUUGGUUAAUUUUACAAGCAACAAGAGUUCAACUGCGAACUCCAAUGCGACAAAGGUGGCAAGGGUAGAUCAAAGGUCUAUGUGGGCACAGGCAAUCAACUUCCCAGUUCGGUUCUAUUUUGCUUCCCUCACUCUUCUUUGCGAUAAUAGUUUACACACGGAUUGCACAUUUUGGCAAACCCAUACAACUGAUCAGCUGCAUAACAUGCAACCAUUGUCCUGUCGAACUGCUGCAGCAAGGUACAUCGCGUGGAUUUUGUGCCCGAUCGAUAUAACUCAUCAGGAAUUGCUAGUCGAUCAUUUGAUUAAGCUAUCAGAGUCUUGGGCUGUGAAAAAAUUUUCCUCAGGUGUUCGGGAUGAAGGAAGAGCUGUCUUGCAGAAGAAGCUCAAGAAACCCAGGCUUUCUGAGAAUAAAGCCAAUAAUAACUUCAAGGACGAGCAUAAUUGCCAAAGCAUAGAGAACUGGGUUGAAGAUUUCCAAAACGUGUAUCAGUGGUAUUGCACUCAAUUUUUGAACUUUCCUGCACCAUGUGAAGGACGAUCAAUUGAUGGGCGCCCGCCGCAGAGUAUGAUGUUCAGGGAAAUUCCAUUAGGUAUCUUGAUAGGACAGUCGAGUUUUAUGGAGGAAGAUGUGUGUGAGCUGUUGCUACAUUAUGCCUCAACUGGCAGAAUACUUCAGCCAGGGACAAUUGAGAGAGCAGGACUGAAACACACGAGAAGCUAUUCUGAAGGACCAGUAUCGGCUCUAUGGAAUGAUGGUUGUGUUAAGGAAGAGUCAAUUAGAGGUGCCUGUCUCAUCUUCAAGUUAACUGAUAUUGUUGAGAACAUGUCCUCAUCAAUGUGUGAGACUGAAGAGAGUGAAAUGGGCUUUAUCUGCCGACUGAAAGAACGGACUGUUGGGUACUUGGUCAAGUGCAUCAAAUCACUGAUUCAACUGGAAACAUUUGAGGGUAAAUCUUUGAUGCUAUUGGAUCUACAUCGUAGGUUGCUGCAGUGGAAGUGCAAUGGACAAGGACGAUUCAAGAUUCCCGAAGAUCUAGAUCACGUCACGCUUGAGUUGAAUCAUCAAAUAUCGGCAACGCAACUGAAUGUAGCAAGGUAGCUGUAAAGUUAAAUGUAAAGAUGUAGAAUGCAAUGUCUCUCUCUGUCCUUUUUUUUCUUUUCA